GGGAAGUUGAAAAUUGGUUGACAAAUGUACAAAGAAUAAAAGAUGAGGUACGAAGUAUAGAACAAGAAGUCCCCGGGGGCAUAAAUCUUUCACGCGUACAUCUUGGGAAUCAAAUUGAGAAAAUGACCAAGGAGGUGGAAGAACUUUUAGAACAAGGUAAAUUUGCUGAAGGGCUCACAGUAGAUGUGCAAGAUCCCUUAAUACUAUUGACAGUGAAAUUAGUGGGCCAAAAAGCAGAAGAGAGCAUGAAAAAACUCUUGGCAUGCAUAAUGGAUGACAGGGUGUUCAGCCUUGGCAUCUACGGAAUGGGGGGAGCUGGGAAAACCACACUUGCAAUGCAUAUCCACAAUGAGUUCUUAAAGAAUCCUCGAAGUUAUGAUCAUGUUUACUAGAUCACCGUAUCUCAACAAUUCAGUAUUUACAAAUUGCAGGGUGACAUUGCCAAAGAACUUGGCCUAGAAAAUCUUCCUUCGGAGGUUAACGAGAGGAAAAGGGCUGCCACUUUGUUCAGAGCAUUGGCAAACAGGAAGAAAACGGUGCUAAUUUUAGAUGAUAUGUGGGAGCAUUUUACCCUGGAAAAAGUCGGGAUACCUAUUGGGCCAGAUGGGCCUAAGUUGAUUCUAACCACUCGAUCAUUAUCAGUGUGUCGCCAGAUGGGUUCCCAAGAAAUAAUCAAAGUGAAGCCUCUUUCAAAUGACGAAGCUUGGGAGCUAUUCAUGGAAAAACUCCAGCCUUAUAACAAACUUUCUCCAGAUGUGAAAGUUGCUGCUAUGUCCAUGGCUGAAGAAUGUAGGGGUUUGCCACUUGGGAUUAUCACAAUGGCAAGAAGCAUGCGAGGAGUCAAUGACAUUCAUGAAUGGAGGACUGUUGUGAAGGAAUUGAGAGAAUCAAAGUCAGGGAGACCUGAUAUGAAAGAGGAGGUCUUCUCUAUAUUGAGAAUCAGCUAUGGUCGCCUGAAGGAUCCAAUAGUGCUGCAGUGUUUCUUAUAUUGCGCACUGUUUCCCGAAGACAGUGUAAUGAAAAGAGAGAAAUUGAUAAGGUACUUUAUUUUAGAGCGACUGAUAGACAGAAUGGACAGUAGGCAGGCCAAGUUUGACAAGGGUCAUACCAUAUUAAAUGAACUGGAAAACUCUUGCUUGCUAGAAAAUGCAAUGAGGGGUGAAAACUCACCAAAUGUGAAGAUGCAUGAUUUGGUAAGAGACAUGGCGCUACAAAUAAGUGGUCCUGGUUUCUUGGUAAAAGCUGGACGUAAAUUGAGAGAAAUACCGGAGGACUGGGGCUGGGCACAGGAUCUGGAGAGAGUUUCCUUAAUGCGUAAUGAUAUGACAGAAAUUAAGACAGGGAUAUCACCAAGAUGUCGAAGGCUUCAGGCAUUAAAGGAGUUGGACCUUGGAGGAACUGGUAUUGAAGAAGCACCUGUAAGUAUGGCGAAUUUGGUCAACCUGAAAGUCUUGUAUAUGGAUUGUCUAAAGGAGAAUGUAGUUGUAGGAGAAGAGAUACUGCAUCAAAUGAGGGAUCUCGAAAAAUUUGUUGGCCGAUUUGGGGAUGUGAGAAGACUUCCCCCAUGGCUGAAUGCCUACUCUAUAAUAGUUGGAUCCGGAAAUGUUGAUGAUUUUGAAGAAAUGCAGCUGUAUUCUUCUAGAGCACAAUAUCUUCCUAGCCUGGAAAGAAUCAGAGUGUGGGAAUGCGAGCAAAUGGAGGAGAUAGUAGCAAGUGAAGAAGAAAGAGAAGUCAAUGGCACAUUUUCAAGUCUCAAAGUGUUGGAUAUGGAUGUGUGCCCAAAAAUCAAGAAGCUGUUCACAGGUGGGUUGCUGCAGCAAUAUCUUCCUAGCCUGGAAAAAAUCUGUCUGGAAUUGCGAGCAAAUGGAAGAGAUAGUAGCUGGUGA